AUGGGUUUUGAUAGGUUAAUGCGGCAGGCAGCAGCCACUCUGGGAUUAUCAUCGACUGAGGAUGAGGGCGAGGACCCCUGGUACCAUAAAGCUUGCAAGUGUGAUUGCCAAGGUGGCACCAGCGCUCUGUGGUCGAGAGCCACCUCCUUGGACUGCAUACCAGAAUGCCCAUAUCAUAAACCCCUGGGUUUUGAAUCUGGAGAGGUUACACCAGACCAGAUCAGCUGCUCCAACCCAGAGCAGUACAUUGGCUGGUAUUCCUCGUGGACUGCAAACAAGGCCCGUCUCAACAGUCAAGGCUUUGGGUGUGCCUGGCUCUCAAAGUUCCAAGACAGCAGCCAGUGGUUACAAAUUGAUCUGAAGGAGAUCAAGGUGAUUUCGGGGAUCCUCACCCAGGGACGCUGUGACAUCGAUGAGUGGAUGACCAAGUACAGUGUGCAAUACAGGACCGAUGAGAACCUGAACUGGAUUUAUUAUAAGGACCAGACUGGAAACAACCGGGUCUUCUAUGGAAAUUCCGACCGCACCUCCACAGUCCAGAACCUGCUCCGGCCCCCCAUCAUCUCCCGCUUCAUCCGGCUGAUCCCGCUGGGCUGGCACGUCCGCAUCGCCAUCCGGAUGGAGCUGCUGGAGUGCGUCAGUAAAUGUGCCUAA